AUGCCUAAAGGUGAAUCGGUGGUGACUGGGGCGAGCGAUAAUUUUAGUUCGAGGACAUUGCUUAUAACUGGAAAGGACCGGAAAUGGUGGGAUAUAUCAACUUUUUCAAAGGAGGAUAAUCCGAAUGGGCUUGCGUGCGAGUCUUCCUUCGCGAUAUUAUUUCCCAAAUAUCGCGAAAAAUAUCUCAGAGAAUGUUGGCCAUUAAUUGAGAAAUGUUUUGGUGAAAACUUUCUAAAAGCAGAAUUAGAUGUUCUCGAAGGUACAAUGAUAGUUCGCACCACGAGAAAAACUUGGGAUCCGUAUAUAAUCAUUAAGGCUCGAGAUACUUUAAAAUUACUUGCGCGAAGUGUUCCUUAUGAACAAGCGAUACGCGUUUUGCGUGAUGAUACAUCGUCUGAAAUUAUUAAAAUAAGUUCUAUGGUUUCAAAUCGCGAACGGUUUGUAAAACGGCGCGCAAGACUUGUUGGAAAUGAAGGUGCAACAUUAAAAGCCAUUGAACUAUUGACUCAAUGUUAUAUUAUGAUCCAAGGAGGAACUGUAGCUGCUGUUGGUCCUUAUCAGGGGUUGAAGGAUGUGAGAGAAAUAGUUGAAGACUGUAUGAAUAACAUUCAUCCAAUCUACAAUAUUAAAACAUUAAUGAUAAAACGAGAAUUGAUGAAAGAUGAGAAAUUGAAAAAUGAAGACUGGAGUCGAUUUCUACCCAAAUUUAAGAAAAAGAUGCAAUCUUCUCAAUCAACGAAUCAAGCGAAAAAGAAAAAAGCUGCAAAGUGGAAAAAGAAGACAAUAUAUACGCCCUUUCCUCCGCCUCCAGUCAUGAGUAAAAUUGAUAAGCAGUUGGAAAGUGGUGAAUAUUUCUUGAAUGAAAGAGCGCGGCUCCAAGAGAAAAUGAAUGCAAAGGCUUUGAAGAGGGUUGAUAGGAUUGCGGAGCGUCAAAAGGAGCGAGCUGCAGCUUUCAUCCCACCAGAUGAAAAACCAAAGUCUAAAGCUAAUAAAAAACUCGUUGAUACACCUCUUGAUAUCAAAAAGCUGAAAAAGAAAGUAAAGAAGCUCGAAUCUGACUGA